AUGGUUGAGCAAAAUGGACGUCGGGUGGCUGGGACGAGUACCGGAUACGCAGAUAUAAGGAAGAACCCGUUGUACGAAGUUUCUAGGACAGCUUUUGGGCUUGGUGUCGUUCUGGGCAUCUUUUUGGGGUCAUUGGCAUUGGUAAGACUGAAGAAUUUCCAUCUUUACAUUGUGUUUCUGUGUCUGUUCCAUUUCUUGGAGUACUAUAUCACAGCGAGAUAUAACCCGACGAAGGUCAACGUGGACUCUUUUCUGUUGAACAACGGUGUGGAAUAUAUUGCAUGCCACACAUUGGCUAUACUGGAGACAUUGAUUGAGUAUGUUUAUGCGCCAGGUUUCAAGACCGGCAGAGACUCUCGUGUGGCAUCCGUCGUGGUUGUUUUGGGAUACGUCUUCAUUUUAGGCGGUCAGGCGGCCAGAUCGUGGGCCAUGGUUACGGCAAGCAGUUCAUUCUCACAUGUCCUGGAGAAGGAGAGACGAGAAGAUCAUAUUCUGGUGAAGCAUGGUAUCUACCGCUGGCUGAGACAUCCAAGUUAUUUUGGGUUCUUCUGGUGGGCGCUGGGCACUCAGAUGGUGCUGUUGAACCCGGUUUCCUUUGUGCUGUUUGCCAUCGUGUUAUGGAGGUUCUUCAGUGCUCGGAUUGCGUCGGAAGAGUCGUAUCUGAUCGAAUUCUUUGGGAAUGACUACGUGCGUUACCGGAAUGGCGUUCCGGUUCGAAUCCCUUUCAUUAAAUAA